CACAUUUUACCGCUAAAAAUCACUUUAAUAACCUGGUUUGUGUAUUUUCACACUCGUGUUGUGCAAAAGUUAGAUUGGAUCAAUUAACUAAAUGUUAUCCCACUUCUAUCCACAUUUUGGAUUCUGACGAAUGCCUUAGUUAUUCUGCAUGCGCUGUUGUUGGCUAACAUUUUUAGCAACAAAGCUAAGUCCUGUGUAACCGCUCAUUCUCGUGACGUUACAAGAAUAUUCCCUGUGAACGUUUCAUAAAUAAAGCACCAUGCCGAAAAGGAAAGUAACAUUUGAGGACGGGAUCGGGGAGUUGGAUCUGGAAGACGACCUCCCCAACAAAAAGAGCUGUGAGGUUGCCAGUGGUCCAGGCUCCAGGUUCAAGGGUAAACAUUCCCUUGAUAGUGAUGAAGAGGAUGAAGCGGAGGACACAAACAGCAGCAAAUACGAUAUUCUGGCCAGUGAUGAUGUGGAUGGGCAAGAGGGAGCAACAAUCGACUUUGAUGAGGGAGUUUCUAUUACACCUUUCAACCUGGAUGAAGAGAUGCAGGAAGGGCACUUUGACUCAGAGGGAAACUAUUUCAUCAAAAAGGAACAACAGAUUAGAGACAACUGGCUUGACAACAUCGACUGGGUGAGAAUAAAAGAACAACCUUUCAAACAAAAGAAGAAAGGUCUCGGAGCCAAACGAACACGCAGAGCCGGCGAUGAGGAUGAAGCUGAGGAAGAGAAACAGAGAGAAGAGAAGCAGGCAGACCGAGAAACUGAAGAAGAAGAGGAGGAGACGGAGCCUGCUGAGGACCCCCUGGCAUCCUACACACAGCACCAACUCACAGAAGCUGUGAUCGAACUGUUGCUACCUGGGGAGACAGUUGCCAGAGCACUCCGUAGACUAGGAGGUCUUGGAGGACGGAAGAAGGGAAAGCUGAGGGAAGAGAGUGAACCCACAGAGGAGACCAAAAGGGAUGCAGAAAAGCUUGAUAGGCUCACAGCACUCGCUGACAGACUGGUUGGAUCUGGGAUGUUUGAAAUUUAUCAGCAAACAUAUGAAAAACUGGCCUACUUAAUGAAGAGCAUGAGCAGCAAGAAACCAGCUGUGGGGCAGAAAUCCAGUGGUGCUGGUGAUAAUGAAGAAGAUGAACUUGACAUGUUUGCAGAUAAAUUUGACGAGACACAUAGUGGUCGAUCAGAGGAUAAAGAGGAUGAAGAAAACAAAAGAGUGAGUGAUGAAGUGAUGUGGCAGUACAAAUGGGAAAAUGAGGAUAAUUCAGAAAUCUAUGGCCCCUUCACCAGUCAGCAGAUGCAGGAUUGGGUGGAUGAAGGCUACUUCAGCACUGGUGUUUACUGCAGGAGGGUGGACCAGGAGGGAUCUCAGUUCUACAACUCCAAGAGACUAGACUUUGAGCUUUAUACAUGAUUCAUGUCCAGUAUCAAACCACCUCAUCCAUCACAGUCAAUUUGGAUGACAGAUCUGUCGUUUUAACAGGGGCUUUGUUUUCUGUACAUUGUUUUUAAAUAAAUGACUCAUGUAUGUGGUGUUGCUAUCAACCAUUUUGGUUUUUUUUCUGAGGUUCAUUUCAAGGCACAUUGAUUUCAUUCUAAUAAUGUAGUGAAGUUUAUACAGCCAUUUGAUCAGGCAGUCACUGUCACAGUGAUAUUUGAUAGAAUUAUUAGAAUUAUCUGAGUAUUUUAACCUUGGGUACUUACAUUGGUAAGAGGGAAAGAUACUACUAUAUUAACCUGCCUAUUCAGCCACCUUUUGCAGUAUGUUUUCAGUAGAGUAGAAUGUGCAGGUGGUUAGGAUGACAUUUCUCACAUCUUCAGGUAUUCAAAGUUGCAUACCACUGGUAGUUAUUAGAUUAUAACUACUGUACUUUGCAUGUAGUGACUGAUACAUCAGUGUUACCUCCCAGGAUUUUAAGAAUAUACAUUAUUAUGUUAUAAAAUAUUGAGCCAUUUCCAAUGUAUACUCUUUAAAAGUAUUCUUUGAAUAUAAGAUCAACAUACAUAAUACAAUCUGGACAUGUUUCAUUUGUAAAAGGGGUCAGACAUAACACAAGAUGCUGAUAUAUGGCAGUACAAUUCAGAGUGUAACAAUUAUUUGAUCAAAGAAAAAUAGGCAGCUAUUUUGAUAAUUUAUGAAUCAUUGAAAUAAUUGUUCAAGCAGAAUGUCAAAUAUUUGAUUCUAUAUAUAUAUAACAAAAAGUUUAGUAGAAAAUAUAAGUGAAUGUUUGUUGACAUUUGAUGACUGCUAAAUGCUUUGGGAUAUUGUUAUGUUUUAAACAAGAUAAGUCUAUAACGCUAACAAUUAAAACUACCUUUUUU